AUGGACAUGAGUCGCAGGCACCAGGACAGGAGCGAGUCAGACGCAGACAUCCAACGAUCCAUCGCGUGGCGCGUCCGCUCAGGCUUCUACACAUCUGACGAGAUCGUUGAAAUCGUGGCACAGCCAUUGCCCCACAACCAAGCACAGACGUCAGGUCAGCCGCAUAUAACAAUCUCCCAAGCCAGACGCGCAAUCCGUCCGCUCCUCGCGCUCGAAUGGGCUCGACAAGUCGAACGCCAACAAUCGUGGCCACGCGACCAGCCGACGAUAUGUGAUAAGAUCGACAAGGCAUUCAGCUCGCUGCAGCGGAAUCACGGGAUUUUGGCACGGAUGAACUUCACCUGCUGUGCGACAUGCGGAAUAGGGGAAAUCGCAGAGGAUCGAGACGAGGAUACAAGGGGGUAUGUUUUCUUCCAUGAGCAGGAUAUGGAAGGGGUUGCGAUGGAUGGUAGAGAGUUAAGUCUUGUCUUCGGAUCGUUUAGCAGGUCGGAGAAGAAGAAUCGCGCUGUUGGGGAAGUUAUUGUGAGGUCGUUGCGGAGGGUUGGGGUCAAGGUUGAGUGGGAGGGGGAGGCUAGCAAGAGGAUUAGGGUGGUCUGUGGGGAGUGGAGGAGGAGGGUUCCGGAGGAUGAGGAGGUCGAGGAUGUUGGUGAUGGGGAUUUUGAUUCGGAGUGCCUGUCCUCUGGGGAGAGUGAGUCGGAGAUGGAAUCCGAUGGGGUUGACGAUCUGGAGGUAAAGGAGCUGGAGCUGGAGGCAAGCAUGGAGUAG